UGCAGUACUCCAGAUGGGGCCUCACAAGGGAAGAGCAGAUAUGGACAAUCCCCUCCCUCAUCCUGCUGUCCAUCCUUUUGAAAUUAAGUUGGCAGCUUAGAGUUGCCAGAUUUAAACUUAAAAGCACAUCCCAAGUGCCAUGUCCCAUUCCCUGGAGCCUGGGGAGCUGCUGCUGUCAGUUCCCCCUCUGCCUGCUGGCCGAGGGCAGCAGCACCCUGCCCUGAGCACCAGCUGCAAGCCAUGGGCCUCACCAGCUCCAUAGGCCAAAGCAAACCAUAAGGGAGGUGGAAGCACAGACAGAAAUGGAAUUUCCCAUCUUUUAUACUCAAUUCCCUUAUUCCGUUUCAAACGUCAUCCUGGAAAUAGAAGGAAAGGGUGUUUCCUAUUCAUUGUUGUUAUGAGAUAUGAGGAAUAUGUCCCCUGAGUCCAACCCGUGUCCAGUCUGCUGGCUGUGGGGGAGUGCUGAGAAUCAGUUAGCCUGUACUGUCAUGCAUAGAGUUAAGUUAAAGAACUGCCAGCAAGGAUAGUGAAAACUGAAUCACGAUUGCUUUUAAUCAGAGGGUUUAAUGUAAUAGCUGUUUCUGGCUGCAGUAGGAGCUGAUGUGAUUUUUCUUGGCCUACCCUCUUCUUUUUCAGUCUGUUUUGUAAUUUUGAGUGCAUGGCCUGCCUUUAGUUUUCAUGUUCUUAUUAGCUUUUUGGUUGAUUGCCCAUAGAUCACCUUUUCAUGAUUUUUAAGUGUCAGAUUGGAGGCUCCUUGGAGACUGCAGGGGGUUGUUUGCUGUGGCCUCUUUGUAAAUUGGAUGGGCUCUGGGAUGGCUCCUGGUUUCUGAGGCUGUCUUUUAGUCUGUUCCCUUUGCCUCCUGUCCUCCUGAGGGGCUGAGCAGAGGCAGGAGCAGCCCUGAGAGUGAAACAAGAGGCUGGUUAUCGUAUGCUGGUGAGGUUUGGUACAAAUCUUCCUAUCAUCUCGUUUUCAGCCUUUUAGGUAUAUUUACCUCACCAAAACAUGUUGAUGUUAUAUGUGCCAAAUACAAUGUUUUAUACACAUAUAUAUAUAUAUAAUCCUGGUGAAUGAUAGCAGCUAAGAAGAAAGAAACUUAAAAUCCAGUGUUCUCUAAGGCAUCUACAGCAGAGUUGGAUUUGCUCAAACAUAAAAAAAGAUAGGGAAAGUUACUGUAAAAGAAGCAAACUUUGGAAGAGAGAAGGACUUCUUAGUGCAAGCUGUGCACCUAAGGAGAACAUACGACAGUUUCAGGGAGUUUUUCAUCUGAGGAUUGAAUACAUUUUCCUUCUAUGACAUACAUAGGAGCAAAUUGGCCUUUUAGGUGAUUAUAGGUAUAAAAAAACAUUGUUACGUACAGUCUUUUUAAAACGUGAAUAUAAUGAGGGGUAUAGAUAACAUUAAACAGAUUAUACAACUGCUUGUUAGCUUAAUAAUGAGAAUGGUUGUGUUUAGUAGCAUUUUUUAUGACUGAUAUUUGUCUUGUGUAGUGUAGUACUAAUUCAUGUGAAGUAUAAUUAUAGCCAACUCUGACAUGAUUUGAGUAAAGUUUACGUAAAACAACAAUCUCUGAAUAAUCAGAUUUGAAACUCGGGGUAUUUUCAGCCCGUGUUUUGGGAACAUACACAGGAAAGUCCACUUAUGUAACAGCACAGAACUUGGAAACAGGACUAUUCCCACUUGUUGGUGUGCUUGUCAUUUUAGACAAAGUGUGUGUAACUAUGCAGCUGUGAAAAAAAUAUUGAGAAUGUGGAUCUAGAUUUACUUGUAAGAUCUUUUUAAAAUUAUUUUGGAGCUAGCAUUUCAUAAUUUACUUGUAAAACUGUUAAAGCCAUGCUUGCAAAUCCGUGAUCACUGCUCCCAGGGUGAUUGCAUCUGCAGGCUGGAGGAGAGCAACGUGCUGGAAGGACAGACAGACAGAGGGACGGCCAAGCCAGGCAGCUGCUGCAGCACGCCGGGAGUUGUGUCUGUGAGCAGGCAUGCUGGGAGUGCGAGUCUUUCCACUUUACUUCCUGUCUGCAAUGGCCUCGUGAUGUAAGGCAGGACCUGUCUGGCGCUUCCAUUUGGGGAGGGCAGGAAAUGGUUCAGUUUCUCCAGUGAGAAGUAUGGCAGAUGAAGCUGUUGUCUGUAAAGCAGCAUUGAGAAGAUCUUCUACAGCAUAAACACUGAGGAGAUGAGGGAAAAGAUUUUUCCAACCCCCUGCUGGUACAAUGUUGCUGAUAAGAGUUUCUUGUUUAAACUAAGACUGAAAUGAAUAGUUCUGUCCAUAAUGCUUCAGUUUGUGUUGGUGUAGUCAAGAACAGAAUUUGGGUUUGAUUCAGGUUGGAUGACGAUGAUGAUGACGAUGAUGAUGAUUAUUAUUAUUGUUAUUAUUUUAACCAAAUGCUUUUCUAUAGACAGUGAAAGCACUCCGUGUCUCAUCUUCUGCUAAUUUCAGGUGGUGGAAGAAUAAGAAACGAUAUGAAACCUCCACAAAGUGUCUGUUUUUUCAAGAACCUGCUUUCCAGUUUCUACUGUUAUGGUCAGCUUCACAAUUCCCCUCUUCCUUCUGUUGCAAAGAAGAUGAGUUGUGUGAUGAGACUGCACAGCUACGGAUUUUGGAGGCCAGACUCUUUGCUGGACACGGCUAAAUUCACUCUGUCAUUUCAUGGUCAGCUUAGGAAGAAGCAUCAGGAUUCUCGGGCAUUGUGGAAGCAUGAGGCUGUGCAGAAGUAUCUGGAAACUCUAAGCAAGGAAUAUCAGCAGGUUAAUAGUCUGCUAAAUGCUGGUUCAAAAAAUGAAUUUGAGCAAAGGACCCUGAGGAGAAGACGUGCUGAUCUAUCCCCAGUUGCAACUGCAUUUCAAGAAAUCAAAGAGGCUGAAGGCGAGCUCCAGGAAUUAGAAACCAUGUGUAGAGAGCUAGGCAUCAGAGAUGAGAAGCAACUGCUAGAGCUUGCCUUAGAAGAGAAGGAAACCCUCGAUAAAAAAAUCAACACGCUGUGCAGAAAGCUUUUCCAGCUUCUGGUGCCAAAGGAGAAGUAUGAUAAAAGUCAUGUUAUAUUAGAAGUGACAGCUGGCAGAACAACUGGAGGUGACAUCUGCCAACAGUUCACUAAAGAAAUGUUUGAGAUGUACCAGAACUAUGCAGACUAUAAAUGCUGGACCUUUGACAUUCUGAACUACGUGCCAGCUGAGAUAGGUGGGUUGCAUCAUGCAGCUGCUCAUAUUUCAGGAGAUGAUGUCUACAGGCAUCUGAAAUAUGAAGGAGGGACUCACAGAGUCCAGCGAAUCCCUGAGACCGGACUGUCAUCGAGAAUGCAGCGUAUUCAUACGGGGACAAUGUCAGUUAUUGUGCUCCCUCAGCCAGAGGAGGUUGAUGUUAAAGUGGAUCCCAAAGAUCUGCGUAUAGACACAUUCCGGGCCAAAGGAGCAGGAGGGCAACACGUCAACAAAACUGAUAGUGCUGUGAGGAUUGUACAUCUUCCCACAGGGGUGGUGGUUGAGUGCCAGCAGGAGAGAUCGCAGCAGAUGAACAAGGAAACAGCUCUGAGGACGCUGAGAGCUAAGCUGUACCAGCAGAUCAUUGAAAAACAAGUGAGUCAAGAGCAGAGCGCCAGGAAACUGCAGUUGGGAACAAGAGCCCAGUCAGAGAGAAUUCGUACUUACAACUUCACCCAGGACAGAGUCACCGACCACAGGAUCUCGUAUGAUGCACGCAAUAUCAAGGAAAUUCUGAGUGGGAAAGAAGAACUGGAUAAGCUAAUAAACAGGCUGCUGGAGUUUGCGGAGAUGGAGGCUGUCACAGAGUAUCUAGAAAACCUGCAGUCUGUAGGAGGAGAAGGAUGCUGAAGACCUUGUGUGGAGCUAAAGCAGGACUGGGUUUGUAACUAAAUAAAAUGGACACUUAUUGGAUGACAGAUUAAAAUCUAUGCCUCUGUUUUUCAGUGUGUGCUAUUGCUUUUUUCAUGCUUUGGCACAAAUGAACUUUAUGGGUUGAAUUUACUACAUCUCCCCUAGCAGAAAAGAAGAGGCAUUGAUUACUGUGUGCACAUACCUUCUGUCUUGGCAGCAGGGCUUUUUGAAGCCAGUUCUUCUCUUGUCCAUAUUGCAGCUGGACAGACAUAGAAUCAUGGUGAUGGAGAAGAAGAAAUACUACAUGCUGCACAUUUUGCUCUGGAGGUAGGAGAGGUCCAUCC